GGGCUGGGGCGGUAGCUGCGUCCCGGCUGGGAGCCCGCGAAGAGGACGAGGAGGAAGGCGCCGCCGUGGCCGCGGCCGCAGUGCUCCGGGAGCCACACGCCAUGAGCAGCGGCCCCGCCGACGACCCCGCUGUCGCUGACCGCCGCUGAGCCGGACCGGGAGACCGCUCGCCGCUCCCCAGCACCCUCCCCGCCGGCACCCUCGCGCCCGGAGCAACAUGAUUCCGGUGACAGAAUUCCGGCAGUUCUCUGAGCAGCAGCCUGCCUUCCGUGUGCUGAAACCGUGGUGGGAUGUGUUUACCGACUACCUUUCGGUGGCUAUGCUGAUGAUCGGCGUGUUCGGGUGUACUCUCCAGGUCAUGCAAGACAAGAUCAUCUGCCUUCCAAAAAGAGUCCAGCCUUCUCAGAAUCACUCUUCCGUGUCCAAUGUCUCUCAAGCAGUUGCCAGCACCACCCCGCUGCCUCCCCCUAAGCCGUCUCCUCCCAACCCCGCCACCGUGGAAAUGAAAGGGCUGAAGACGGACUUGGACCUCCAGCAGUACAGUUUUAUAAACCAGAUGUGUUACGAGCGAGCCCUCCACUGGUAUGCCAAGUAUUUCCCUUACCUGGUCCUCAUCCAUACCCUGGUCUUCAUGCUCUGCAGCAACUUUUGGUUCAAGUUCCCUGGCUCCAGCUCCAAAAUAGAACAUUUCAUCUCGAUCCUGGGGAAGUGUUUUGACUCUCCUUGGACCACACGGGCUUUAUCGGAAGUGUCUGGGGAGGAUUCAGAGGAAAAGGACAACAGGAAGAACAACAUGAGCAGGUCCAACACCGUCCAGUCCGGUCCGGAAGGCAGCCUGGUCAACUCUCCGUCGUUAAAGUCCAUUCCUGAGAAGUUCGUGGUUGACAAAUCCACUGCAGGAGCUCUGGAUAAGAAGGAAGGUGAGCAAGCAAAGGCCUUAUUUGAGAAGGUGAAGAAGUUCAGGCUGCACGUCGAAGAAGGUGAUAUACUCUAUGCUAUGUACGUUCGCCAGACGGUGCUUAAAGUUAUAAAAUUCCUAAUCAUCAUUGGGUAUAAUAGCGCCCUGGUUUCCAAAGUCCAGUUUACUGUGGACUGUAACGUGGACAUUCAGGAUAUGACUGGAUAUAAAAACUUCUCUUGUAAUCACACCAUGGCACACUUGUUCUCAAAGCUGUCCUUUUGCUACCUGUGUUUUGUGAGUAUCUACGGGUUGACAUGCCUUUACACCUUAUACUGGCUCUUCUACCGUUCUCUACGGGAAUAUUCUUUCGAGUACGUCCGGCAGGAGACUGGGAUUGAUGAUAUUCCGGAUGUGAAGAAUGACUUUGCGUUUAUGCUUCAUAUGAUAGAUCAGUAUGACCCACUGUAUUCCAAGAGAUUUGCGGUGUUCCUAUCUGAAGUGAGUGAGAACAAAUUAAAGCAGCUAAACUUAAAUAAUGAGUGGACUCCCGAUAAACUGAGGCAGAAGCUGCAGACGAAUGCCCAUAACCGGUUGGAAUUGCCUCUUAUUAUGCUCUCUGGCCUUCCAGACACAGUCUUUGAGAUCACAGAGUUGCAGUCUCUAAAACUUGAAAUCAUCAAGAACGUCAUGAUCCCAGCCACCAUCGCGCAGCUAGACAAUCUCCAAGAGCUCUCGCUACACCAGUGCUCAGUCAAAAUCCACAGUGCGGCACUCUCUUUCCUGAAGGAAAACCUCAAGGUCUUGAGCGUCAAGUUUGAUGAUAUGAGGGAGCUGCCCCCCUGGAUGUAUGGGCUCCGGAAUCUGGAAGAGCUCUACCUGGUCGGCUCUCUAAGUCAUGAUAUUUCCAAAAAUGUCACCCUUGAGUCUCUGCGGGAUCUCAAAAGCCUUAAAAUUCUCUCUAUCAAAAGCAACGUUUCCAAAAUCCCUCAGGCAGUGGUGGACGUUUCCAGCCAUCUCCAGAAGAUGUGCAUCCAUAACGAUGGCACCAAGCUGGUGAUGCUCAACAACUUAAAGAAGAUGACCAAUCUGACGGAGCUGGAGCUGGUCCACUGCGACCUGGAGCGCAUUCCCCAUGCUGUGUUUAGUCUGCUCAGCCUCCAGGAAUUGGACCUCAAAGAGAAUAAUCUGAAAUCUAUAGAAGAAAUCGUUAGCUUCCAGCACUUGAGGAAGUUGACGGUGCUGAAAUUGUGGCACAAUGGCAUCACCUACAUCCCAGAGCAUAUCAAGAAACUCACCAGCCUGGAGCGCCUGGCCUUCAGUCACAACAAAAUAGAGGUGCUGCCUUCCCACCUCUUCCUAUGCAACAAAAUCCGAUACUUGGACUUGUCCUACAAUGACAUUCGGUUCAUCCCACCCGAAAUCGGAGUUCUACAGAGUUUACAGUAUUUUUCCAUCACUUGUAACAAAGUGGAGAGCCUUCCAGACGAACUCUACUUCUGCAAGAAACUUAAAACUCUGAAGAUUGGGAAAAACAGCCUCUCCAUACUUUCACCGAAAAUUGGAAAUUUAUUAUUCCUUUCCUACUUAGACGUUAAAGGUAAUCACUUUGAAAUCCUCCCUCCAGAACUGGGUGACUGUCGGGCCCUGAAACGAGCCGGGUUGGUUGUGGAAGAUGCUCUGUUUGAAACUCUGCCUUCUGAUGUCCGAGAACAAAUGAAAGCAGAAUAACUUAUUUUUCUUUAAAGCUUGACUGAAAUGUGCUUCUACCAAAUACAGUAUAAAUAAUUAGGUAGUCUUAAUGCCUUUCCUAUUUUAUUUUUAUUUUUUUUCUUUUUCACACAAAACAAAAUGUACACAAAGAUUGAGUAAGGAGUAUGUAUUUUUUAAUAAAAAUUUAAUUGUAUUUUUUCAAUAUUAAUAUUUUAAAGUUUUAUUUGUCCUGGAACCUAAUGUAUCUAUUAUUGUUUUCUACUGAGAGAAACAGGUGGUUCCAUCUGUUUUUUUGUUUGUUUGUUUGUUUGUUUGUUUCAUUUCAUUCUUGUGAAAGGGAGGGAAUUUUAAGUUGCAUGCUUUUUGGUAUUUUUUAAAUAGAUGUUUUGCCAAGGUCAUUUUUUGCUUGUUUACACCUGUCCAGGGUCCUUUUGUUUUCAUUGUGUAUGUACCAAGUAGUCCGUGCUGGUCAUUGUAAUACCAGCUGCCUUCUGCAUUGGCCAAGUCCUUCAUCCUAUAGAAAACUCUUCUCUGGAGUGUAAAUUCACAUAAGUGCAUUGCCACAGGCCAUUGUUUUCAAAAUUUCUCCUCAUCUCCAACAGAACCCUAACUUGUGUUAUUUCAUAUACCUAACUGACAGUCAACAUGAUCGUUAGGCUAGGAUUUUGUGGUGAGUGAAGACAAUAAUCUUCCAUGGUUGGCUGAUCUGAAUUGGUCAUUUAUCAUCUAACUGAUUUGCGUUCUCGCCAGCAUUUCAAAAAUAUCAUUUAAAAACAAAAUACAGAGGCUCUCCUCCCCCUGCCCUUCAUCUUAAUAUUGCUAUGUAGUACUGCUGAACAACCUUAGAGAAGCUAGAUUUAUUUUAAUUAAAAUAGGUAAUUAAAUUUAAAAAUCAGAAUCAGAAGCCUGGUUUUUAAGUAAUGUAAUAACCUUUGAUAUCUUGAUAUGUGGGUACAUCAGAUGGAAAAAAUAUUCCCGGCUGAAGCAGUCUAUGAAAGGGCUGGUGCACUGUAGUCAGGUGCACUGGUUGCUUCGGGCAGGGGUGGCCAUCUCCUCACAUUCUGCCUGGUACACAGAAUAACCCUCAUCUCCAUAAAUGGAGCUCCCGUAAUCCUGCCCUUGCUGCAGAUGCAAGGGAUGCGAGCACAGAAACUCUUUCUGCUUUUUGGCUUAAAAUAAGCAUCUCAUCUAAAAUGGUUGUUACUUGUUUUUUUAAAGGGGUGAAUAAAUUGCUAAGUGGAUGUCACUUAGAAAUAAUUUGUACUUGAUGGCCAGCAGAGCUUUUAUUUACCUUUGCAUUUAAACCAACAUAGUAUAGCAUCUUGGGCAAAAUGUUACUGAUUCUUCAACUGUGUAAGACAGGAAAAUGAAAACACUCAGCCCUCAAUCCAGGACCAGUAUUGCUGAUCAUGGGAAUUUUGUUUUAUGUAGUAAAUUCACUCUGUUUUCAGAGCUCUAGUCUGAUCUAAAAGAGUUUUGUGACUCAACAAUGAAAGAAAAUAGGAAGAUGAUUUGGGGUUUCAAAAUAAUUGCUUUUAAAUUUUGCGCCUCGAUCCUGGGGAUUUUGUGCAGUGCUGCUUUGAGUCGUGUACAGAACACAACUAUAGGAACGACUCAGCAGACACACGUACCUCAAUCGUGUUUGAGAUGCUAUGAGAUGUCAUGGAGUGAAGGAUUUGGGAAAGAGAUGCUUUUCAUUUGUUUAAUAAUGAAAUCAUGCAGUCCAGGAUGCUUUAUUGUUUCUGCUCUAUGUCCAAGUGUUAGAAUGGUGAUUUUGUGUAAAUUAUUUCCCACCUAGAAUUGAAAUGAUAUGUUUAAAAUAGUAACAUGGCUAUAUUUCUUGUAGGAGAAAAUAUUCGAUUCCAGAAUAUAGUUAGGAUCCUGAUUAUGAACAAUGUGUUGCAUUUAGAAACAGAGCCCUCUUUGUUUUAAGCAAACAAACAAAAGACUUGGAAGAUUCUCCAUGACUGAGCAUGACAAAAAUACCCUGUUGAAAGGUAAGCUUAAAUAACUACUGGUGAAACACUGGGUGCGCUAUUUUUCUGGAUAAAACUUAUAGUUAGUUUCUAUAUCACCCUUCAAAAAGGAUCUAUUCAGAUUAAAAAUCAUAUUUAUGCUGAAGUCUUUAUCUGGUGUUAAUUCAUAAUCUCACAUGGGGUUCAUAACUAAAGUAAGUGACUAGUAAGUAGUUUUAUCACUUGUAAUAAUUUGCUCCCAAUUCCAAAUGACUCUGAUUUGCUUGCUUAAUGAUUUCACAGGCUGGCCCCUAAACCAAAUUCUAAAUAACAUCCAGUAAAUCAGUAUUGUUCUAUGACUUUAUGCUUUAACUAUGAAGGAAAUAUGAAGGAAAAUUCAUAGAUGUUUCUAUUAGAUUUUAUAAAAAUUCCAAAGUCUCAAACUUCAUUUUGAGUCUCAAUUUUCUGACUCUGGCCCUUUUUAAUAUUGUUAAGUUUUUGUUCACAUGUAUAAGCAAAAAGUAUUUAAUUACAUUUAGCCUUUAAAUGGGAAACUCAGGUAAAUGAACUGCUGACUUUUCUAAAGUCCUUUAAUGGAUCAACUCAGUGUAAAAGGGGUAUUUACCUAAUCCCUUUCUAUAUUUUACAAGUGCUCUUGCUCAAAAGGAACAACUAGCUCUAUUUCUGCAACCUCUACAAGAGUCAUGAGAAACUGCUUCUGUAAAUCUAAAAGCACCGUACGUACUCAUAACUCCUAUGGCCGCUCGAAGCCCAUGAUGGGUAUGCUUGCUGGUCAGUUUUCAUGGUUAAGCGUAGAACAGAUAAUGUCUGGUGAUGAUCUGGCUGAAGCAAAGCAUAGAAGUGUAUCCCAGUGGAACUCCCCUAAGAAGACCACACCUCAGAAAACUAGUUAUGUGUUAGGUUUUUGUUUUGUUUUGUUUUGUUUUGUUUUGUUCUUAACACAGCACUUUUAACAUAAAUGUUCUUGAUACAGUGAAACAAUUGUAGAUUUUUCUUGUUCACCCACAUUUUCCCUGCAUUCCCCAUGUAGCGUAAAGAGUUCCAACAAUUUACAUGGCAUUCUGUUCAGCAGGAAGGCUUAGAAGGUAUGCCUGGUAGGAGUAUUUUGUUCAUCCAGAGGUGCCUCUUUAUCUGCCUCUCAAGCCAUCUUCUUAGAGAGGGUUUUAAACAACCUGGUGUCUUUCUCAGGCUACUUGGGAUAAGGAAGGUCCAAGUUCUUGCAGUAUGCUGUCUUAUGAUUUCUGAUAUUAAGAAAAAAGAAGACAGAUUCUUUAUAUCUCUUAUUACUACUUCCCCCAAGAGGAGUUUUGCUGUUGUUUUUCUAAUUCUAUCGUUUUAAAAAAAGUCCGUUUUUAAGUAACUUAUUCUACUCUCCAAUUUCCUACCAAAUAGCUGAUCAAUAGUAAUGCUAUAUUUACAUAAACAGUAAACAUUCGUGAUCCAUCUCUAUGAAAAUGGUCAGCAGUACUUAGUAGUGAAUAGAUAAGAUAAAUUUUCAUGUAAUUUCAAUGUGUGUCCCCCCAUUAAUUCUGAUGUGAUGCUCGUCAAGCAGUUACAUUUUUGGUGGGAUCUCAGUAACUCACAGUAGGGUCCCAUAGUAACCUUAAGUUAGUAAAACAAGUGAACAAAACAGUUAUGAGUGAGGGGAAUGCCUCAAGAGUCUGUAAGAGAUUCUCAUCUUUUCUUGUCAAUUCAGACACAUUGUAAGAAAACUUAGACAGUCUCAAACAGACCUGCCACUCAUGUUUUAGAUUUAGGCCUCAGUGACAUGCUUCUUAUACAAUUUCAUCCCAGCCUUUCAAACAAGGUGUCCCCUGUUACUGCAUCUUCCCAGAGCCAUGCACUGACAAAGGUAACAUCCGGAAGUUCAUUCUGGAGAGAGGGAAGAGUGUCCUCCCCACCAAGGAAUUUUUUUUUUUAAUCAGAAGACCUUGACAAGGGGUACUUUGAACAACUUAACUUGUUGACCAUGUUAAGUAACAGUUCCAAUGCAUGGUUUUUAAUGUAGUUAUAAAUUUGCUCUCUGCUGAAUACUAUCCCCUCUCCCACCUGAUUCUGCCUCUUGAAUGAAUAUUUUUACUGGGGUUGAAACUCAAUGCCUUAUGUGCUCCCUCAGUUGUUUUUCCUGCCGCUUGUUUUCUCUGUGUUCAGAUUGUGUCAAAUGCUGGUAAAACCUCUAAGACUGUCAAGAAAAUGCUUGAAAGUUGAUUUGUCAUAGUGCAAAUUCCCGAUGAAAUGUCUUCAUGUUAUUUGGCUAUGUAGUACAUAGGAACAGAAAAUAACUUAAAUAAACUCAUUUUUGUAAUUUAAAA